UGGAACUCGUGACUUGAGACAAGGAAAUGCAGAAAGGAAUUUAUUGAUUUAAAUAAUACGUCAUAGGUUAAUACAUGAAUGAAAUCCAAAUAAAUGGAUUUCCAGAACUGUAAAGCAAUUUCCGUAAGAUUACAUGACGCCAGAGACGUAUAAUACAUUAUACGUCUCUGAUGAAGCAUAUCAGUGACCACAUCGUAAACUGUAUGAAAACACCAUACACUGGAAGAGAUCAUGGAUUUGAAAUUAGAACAAUUCUAGAUAUGCUAAGUAAUAGAAUCAGAGACACUUGAUGUGUUUGUUGAAAGAUGGCUAAGAGAAAAUGAUGGAAACCUCAGACAACUUUGGGCAACAACUUGCUGUUGCAUUGAGAAAUGGAGAUGUGGAAAAGGCAAAAAUGUGCGUUCAGAAUUUGUCACAAGCAAAUGUGAAAUGUACAAUAGGUUUGGAUACAAAAAAUGUGAAUGAAACUGGGAAAGAACAGGAAAUAAGUAUUAAAGUUCACAUAGAGGAUCGUAACAGAUCUGGGGACUUUGUUUUGUCCCUGAAAGUGAAGCUCAGUGACUCUGUUCAACUUCUGAAAGGAAAAAUGUUGCUGAAGUACAGAUUUCCUAAGGAGGUGCAGAGGUGGGUGAUAAAUAAACGAGUCGGCUCAGACCACGACACGCUGAAGAGACUGGGCAUCCGUGAUGGUGACACUGUGUACUUGUACCUCAUGUCAGCCAAAUCAGUUGGGCUCAGUAAGGAGGAGUUUGACAGGAAAUUGGAACGACUCCUCAUGAAUCCAGAUGGGGCUCCACCGACCCCGGACACACCCAUGUCUAAUGUCUCAAUGCGUGGCUUACCUCCAAGUCGACAAAGGUCCAAUCUGAGCCUGGGAAGUGAUAGGUCCUCCCUUAGCCAAUCACAAUUAAACCUGAGCGAGGAGCUAUCUGCACUACUGAGGUCACAGGAAGCUCAAGGGUCACCGUCGAUGUCAGGUCAGGGGUCACCAUCAAUGCCAGGUCAGAUGUCAAGGUCAGGCCAACCACCCCCUGAUGUUUAUGAACCAGUCGAGGAUCAAACUGCUGCCCCAGGCCGAGGAUUAGAGGAAGGCGAAUGGAGUUGUCCAAUAUGUACAUUUCAUAAUAAGUAUCAAAAAAAGAAAUGCAGGAUGUGUGACGCUGACCGCCCAGACUCAUACCAGAUCCCCACCGUAGGGAGACCAGAGGUCAACCGAACCCUAUCAGGGGCAGGCCAUGAGACAUCAGAUGGUGGAACAGGACUCCUAACUUUGCCAAUGACUGGAGUACACAACAAUCUACAAAUUUUACUGAAAAGGAAAACUCCAAAUCAAGAUUUGAUCAGCUGGAUGAAGAUGGCGUACACCCCCGUAGUGAUGAGAACCAAGGACUUUAUAAAGACAGUGGUGACGUGUGUUUGUGAAGAUGCUAUUAGAAAGACAGACACUGUAUACUUUGUGGAACAGCACAAGAUAUCAGAACGCGUACCAUUAUUAAUGGAGAUAUUGGACAACCAGGUAUCCAGAAUGGUGGAAGCUCUAUACGCGCUGCAGACCCUGUACCACAAACUCCAGUAUCCUGAAGGUAUUCUACCACGACUGUUUGAGGUGAUGUUUAAUGAAGGAACUAUUUCUCUUGAUGCGUUUAGGACGUGGGAGCGGAAUUAUGACGACUCAGAGUCUAAAAUUAAGGCUCUGUAUGAUACGCAAUUAUUUUUAAAUGACUUGCAUACCGACGCUGAUAUCGAGUUUGAUUGAUAUAUAACAUGUGUGACUAUUAUAUCAUACAAUAAAAACUUAACAGGGACAACUUUGUGCUACAAUUGAUAAAAAACAGACCUUAUUUAUAAGGUGGAAUUGCACAGAUACUGAUCUUUGUCAGGGCAUUUUUCACCCAUUUAAACUUAAAAUACAACAGCGAAUAGCCCAACCCUAGUGAAAGGGUUAGGCUAUUCGCUCAGUGAUACCUCAAGGAUUGGGGUGUACAAUGAUGACGAAAUCAUGUUGGAUAUUAUAAUGACGCCACUAGAUAAAAGCAUGCGAGUGAUUAAGUUUCCUACGCCAAAAUAACAAAGGUUUGCUUGGAAAACUUUUCCGAAACAAGGAAUUUAUUAGCUUCGAAAUGGCGUUUAAAUCGUUGGAAAGUGAAGACAGAUUUGGGGAAUCAUACAGACGUAUUGAAUGCAAAAAGGAUGUGAAUUGUCAAUAUUAUUCUUUCGCUAAAUUAUCGACUGCGGAUGAGCAAGUCUAUGCAAGGCGAGGACACGUGAAUAUGCCGGAACUUAAAAUCCUAAUCAGAAGAUCCGUACUUUGUGGAAAACAUCGCAUAACUAUCCUAAACACGUCGGUAUAUAAAAUGCAGGACAACUAAUUUGGAAGAAAAUGCAUUCAAAACUGGCCCGAGGGUCAACUCCAAGAGAUCAAACCAAAAGUAAAAAUCAUGACGGCAGAGAUGAAGGGUGAACCAUAGAAAGAUGUAUGUAAGGGUGGUACAGUGAACAGUAAGGGAGACAAGACAACAAAAGUAGGACAAACGAAAAUAAAAGCAUGCAUUCGGGGAACUUAGAAAUAUUCUAUGUUUAACAGCACACUAACAUUACGGAUGUGCAACCCAUGUGUAAAGUCGACACACCUGGACGGAUGAAAGCUAUAAAAAUAGAAUGAGACGGACAAGUUAGUCAGAAUAGAUGUAGUAAAAGAGUAGCCAAUGUCUGGCCGGAUACCAUUUAUAACAGAUUUAAUUAUGAGGGAUUGGACACGGAUCAGUGAGCGAUGAAGCAUGUAUGAAACAAGAGAUCCCAGAGGGAUCUUGGGGCCCAACAUCGUACCAUCUUCAUUAGUUCUUUGUCAGUUCGAUCUU